CAACCGCUUGCUUGCCCACGGACUAUCUUCUCCCUUGCCCCUCUGGACUGACAAAAGAUUCAUCCAACGCACACUUACAACAAACCCCGGUAACAUGAACAUUGUUAAUCCUACACAUCGUUUCACACCAAACACAUAGAGUAGCAUACACCUCCCACACACUCAUCAAAGGGUUCAAUAAGCCUGUUGAACCGAUCCUGAUUUUGGGGUCGUCUCCUUCCCCCGCCUUUUAAAAAAGCAGAAUGGAAGGGUUGCCAUUGUUACUGGGGGCACAAGAGGCAUGGGCUAUGAAACUGCGAGACAGCUGGCAAGACUUGGCAUGCAUGUUGUUAUCGCUGGGAAUGAAAAAGAAGAGGGAAUAGCUGCUGCAAAGACAAUUCAGACAGAAUGCAAGGAAGGAAAAGCUGAGUUUGUCUUUGUGGACCUGACUUCCCUGAAAUCUGUGCGACAGUUUGCUGAAACAUUCAAAGGCAGAGGUCUUCCUCUCCAUGUUUUAGUCAACAAUGCUGGUACUAUGCUUGUUCCUGAGAGUCAGACAGAAGAUGGCUUUGAGUUCCACUUUUGUCUCAACUACCUUGGACACUUCCUACUAACCAACCUACUGCUGGACUUACUGAAGAAAUCAGGAAGACCAGACAGCUGUUCCCGAAUUGUCAACAUGUCAUCUGCAACUCACUAUGCUGGGGUUAUACAAAUGGAUGACCUCAACAGGAGGGCUUCCUACAGUUCCCAUGGUGCCUACGCCCAAAGCAAGCUAGCAUUGGUCCUCUUCACCUACCAUCUGCAAGAGCAGCUGAUGGCCAGUGGUUCCUCAGUGAUAGUCAAUGCUGUGGAUCCAGGAAUGGUGGACACGGCGCUCUAUGACAACCUAUGGAGCCUUGCUCAGGCUCUCAAAAAGCCAUUUGCCAAGAUUUUGUUCAGGACUCCUGCAGAGGGAGCCACAAUAACAGUUUAUGCUGCUGCUGCCGCCGAGAUGGAAGGGGUGGGUGGCUGCUACCUUUACAAUGGCCAGAAGAGGCAGUCAGCACAAACAUCCUAUGAUACUGAACUUCAGGCAGACUUGUGGAAAAAGAGCUGUCAACUCACAGGCCUUGACACGGCCUGAUCGACACAAAGUUUUAAGUAGGUUUACUGUAUCUUCAAAAGCUUGAUUUAGGACGUCAUCACCAUCACUCUGUCUGAGUAAGUAAUAUAUGCCUUUUAACCAUAUUUUAUAAGCAACUGUCAGAGUGAAUGCCUAAAUAAAUUACUUCAAUACA